GGCUUGUGGUGUCCCUGACUGCUAGUCUGUCACUUGUUUCUCUCCGGUAGGGGAGAAUGGAUGAAACCAGCCCGUUAGUAUCUCCAGACCGGGACCAGACUGAUUACUCUUACCAGUCCCAGUGCUCUCCUGGAGUCCCUGUUUGCCUUAGUCCCAAUGGGCGCUUCUCAGCUGUACCGGGGGUAGUAGUUCGCAUACCGGGCUCGGCCACCUCUCCUAUACGCGGAUCGGCUGCGUCCGGACCGUCUCCGCCUGGCUCUCCGUGUGACCGGGAGAGGCAGCCUUUGCUGGAACGUUCCCAAACCCGAGGAGCGGCAGCGCAGGCCGAAAGAGAAAGAAACAAGUUUCCUGAUGACCCCGAGUUUGCUGAGGUGGUGAAGAAGGCGGAGAAGGCCAUCGUGAGAGAUAUAUUGCCCGAGAGGAUCUCCCAGGGCUCUAGUGGCAGCUACUUCGUGAAAAAUGAGCAGGGGGAAAUCAUUGCUGUCUUCAAACCCAAGAAUGAGGAACCUUAUGGCCAGCUUAACCCCAAGUGGACUAAGUGGCUGCAGAAGCUGUGUUGCCCAUGUUGCUUUGGAAGAGACUGCCUUGUCCUCAAUCAAGGAUAUCUGUCGGAGGCAGGAGCCAGCCUAGUUGACCAAAAAUUAGAACUAAAUAUCGUUCCUCGAACCAAGGUCGUGUUUCUUGCGAGUGAAACAUUUAAUUACAGUGCCAUUGACAGGGUAAAAUCACGAGGCAAGCGCCUGGCAUUGGAGAAAGUGCCAAAAGUCGGUCAGAGAUUUAAUCGAAUUGGAUUGCCUCCCAAGGUUGGCUCCUUCCAGUUGUUUGUAAAAGGCUACAAAGAUGCAGACUAUUGGCUUCGGAGAUUUGAGGCUGAUCCGCUUCCAGAGAAUACCAACAGACAACUUCAGCUACAGUUUGAGAGAUUGGUGGUUUUAGACUACAUAAUCCGAAAUACAGACAGAGGGAAUGAUAAUUGGCUGAUUAAGUAUGACUGUCCCAUGGACAGUGCAAGUGCUAGGGAUGACUGGGUCAUGGUAAAAGAGCCAGUGAUUAAGAUUGCUGCUAUUGACAAUGGUUUAGCUUUCCCGCUUAAGCAUCCUGACUCCUGGAGAGCCUAUCCGUUUUACUGGGCAUGGUUACCACAAGCCAAAAUUCAAUUUUCCCAAGAAAUCAAAGAUCUUAUUCUUCCAAAGAUUUCAGAUCCAAAUUUUGUAAAAGAUUUGGAGGAAGAUCUGUACGAGCUGUUUAAGAGAGAUCCUGGAUUUGACAGAGGACAGUUUCGCAAACAGAUAGCAGUUAUGAGAGGGCAGAUCCUUAACCUGACACAGGCUCUGAAGGAUGGGAAGAGUCCUUUGCAGCUGGUCCAGACCCCGCCAGUCAUAGUAGAAACUGCACGGUCGCAUCAAAAAAGCACCAGUGAAUCUUACACACAGAGCUUCCAGAGCAGAAAGCCCUUCUUUUCCUGGUGGUAGUUAAAUGAACAAAAAGAUAUGUGACAAAUUUAAGGACAAAAAAAAAAAAACUUUCAAUGCAGGACUGUAAUGAAAAACGCUGGUCGAAACCAAGAACUGAUAGUGUUCACAAUGAACUUUGUGAUACUUUGGGCUGGUUGUGCACUGACGUACUUCCUUGGAAUGUAUAACCAGAUAUAGGAAGCUGCCCAUCACAGACCAGUGUGCACUUAAAGAAACAUUCCAAGUGCAUGCAUGUGGCAUUAGAGAAACACUAUGGAACUGUUGGGCAAUCACUGAUUUAGUGACUUAAAACCACUAACAAAGCUUUCUAAGGUAAGUUUAGAGGCAUGUAACUAAUACAGGCCUACUUCUUACAUAGAAUUCACCACUGCAUACACCUCAGUAUUUAUCCUAUCCUUACUGCAAGCUAAACAAAACCUGCACUCAGACUACUAGCACAUAUUCUGAUUCCUGCCAACUGUUCCAUUAAACAUGUACAACAAUACCCAGAUGUACAAAAGCCUAGCCAUGCACGCUAGCCUAGAACUAUUACAGAGGUUGCUACGAGUGCAUGUACUACCUUAUUCAGGGUACUGUAUCUGGGUUGAAUCUACUGACAACUGAAGCCUGGAAAUGCGUAUCGUAAGUAACUGCAUGCACUAUUUCCAGUGCAAGGAAGCCAGCAAUGUGAUAUACUGCAUUGUGUUCUGUUUACAGGCUUAUGUGGAGAAUGCAUACAUACUUAGAUCUGCUCAUUGUCCACUUGCUUGUACCCAAAAUAAAUAACCCUCAGUGAGGGUUCAAUCCUA